GGUUGGAAGUUGGUGCUGCCGCGGCCACCGCCUCCACCGUCGCUGCCUCCUCCUCCGCCGCCGCCGCCCUGCGGCCCACUCGCUGCCUCGGCAGCGCGCUGCUCUCCCAAAAUGGCUGCCGCUGCCGGGGCCGUGGCAGCCUCGGCCGCCUCAGGGCAGGCGGAAGGGAAGAAGAUCACGGAGCUGCGGGUCAUCGACCUCAGGUCCGAGCUGAAGCGCCGCAACUUGGACAUCAACGGGGUCAAGACGGUGCUGGUCUCCCGGCUGAAGCAGGCUAUUGAAGAGGAAGGAGGCGAUCCAGAUAAUAUUGAAUUAACUGUUUCAACUGAUACUCCAAACAAGAAACCAACCAAAGGCAAAGGUAAAAAACAAGAAGCAGAUGAGUUGAGUGGAGAUGUUUCUGUCGAAGAUGAUACUUUUGUCAAGGACUGUGAAUUGGAGAAUCAAGAGACACAUGAACAAGAUGGAAAUGACGAGCUAAAGGACUUGGAAGAAUUUGGUGAAAAUGAAGAAGACAUUGUGCAUUCCCAGGAGUUGCUUUCUGCAGAAGAGAACAAGAAAACUCAUGAAUUAAUAGAGGCAGAAGCAAUAGAAGAUAGAGAAAAAGAGGACAUCGAAAGUCAGGACGUUGAAGCUCAAGAAGGUGAAGAUGACACCUUUCUAACAGCCCAAGAUGGUGAGGAAGAAGAAAAUGAGAAAGAUAUAGCAGGUUCUGGUGAUGGCACACAAGAAGUAUCUAAACCUCUUCCUUCAGAAGGGAGCCUAGCUGAGGCUGAUCACACAGCUCAUGAAGAGAUGGAAGCUAAUGCGACUGGGAAAGAAGCUGAGGAUGACAACAUCUCGGUCACAAUCCAGGCUGAAGAUGCCAUCACUCUGGAUUUUGAUGGUGAUGACCUCCUAGAAACAGGUAAAAAUGUGAAAAUUACAGAUUCUGAAGCAAGUAAGCCAAAAGAUGGGCAGGACGCCAUUGCACAGAGUCCGGAGAAGGAAACCAAGGAUUAUGAGAUGAAUCCGAACCAUAAAGAUGGUAAGAAGGAAGACUCCGUGAAGGGUGAUCCUGUCGAGAAGGAAGCCAGAGAAAGUUCUAAGAAAGCAGAAUCUGGAGACAAAGAAAAGGAUACUUUGAAGAAAGGGCCCUCGUCUACAGGGGCCUCUGGUCAAGCAAAGAGCUCUUCAAAGGAAUCUAAAGACAGCAAGACAUCAUCUAAAGAUGACAAAGGGAGCACGGGCAGUGCUGGAGGUAGCAGUGGAAGCUCAACCAAGAAUAUCUGGGUCAGUGGAUUGUCUUCUAAUACCAAAGCUGCUGAUUUGAAGAACCUCUUUGGCAAAUAUGGAAAGGUUUUAAGUGCAAAGGUAGUUACAAAUGCUCGAAGUCCUGGGGCAAAAUGCUAUGGCAUUGUAACUAUGUCCUCAAGCACAGAAGUGUCCAGAUGCAUUGCACAUCUCCAUCGUACAGAGCUACACGGACAACUGAUUUCUGUGGAGAAAGUGAAAGGUGAUCCUUCUAAGAAAGAAAUGAAGAAAGAAAAUGAUGAAAAGAGUAGUUCAAGAAGUACUGGUGAUAAAAAGAAUACCAGUGAUAGGAGUGCCAAGACACAGGCAUCUAUCAAAAAAGAAGAGAAAAGGUCGUCUGAGAAAUCGGAAAAAAAAGAGAACAAAGACACUAAGAAAAUAGAGAAAGAUGAGAAGAACGACAAUGGUUCAAGUGGCCAGGCUUCAGAAUCGAUGAAAAAGAGUGAGGAAAAGAAACGGAUAAGUUCAAAGAGUCCAGGACAUAUGGUGAUAGUAAACCAAACUAAGGGAGAUCAUAGUAGGCCAUCAAGACGGAGCCGAUAUGAAAAAGCUCAUGGGAGAAGCAAAGAAAAGGAGAGGACUAGCCUAGAUAAAAAAAGAGACAAAGACUACAGAAGGAAAGAGAUCUUACCUUUUGAAAAGAUGAAGGAACAAAGAUUGAGAGAACAUUUAGUUCGUUUUGAAAGACUGAGGCGAGCUGUGGAACUCAGAAGACGAAGAGAGAUUGCAGAAAGAGAGCGUCGAGAGCGUGAACGCAUUAGAAUAAUUCGUGAACGGGAAGAACGGGAACGCUUACAGAGAGAGAGAGAGCGCCUAGAAAUUGAAAGGCAAAAACUAGAGAGAGAGAGAAUGGAACGCGAACGCUUGGAAAGGGAACGCAUUCGUAUUGAACAGGAACGGCGUAAGGAAGCUGAACGGAUUGCUCGAGAGAGAGAAGAACUCAGAAGGCAACAGCAGCAGCUCCGUUAUGAACAAGAAAAAAGGAAUUCUUUGAAACGCCCACGUGAUGUAGAUCAUAGGCGAGAUGAUCCUUACUGGAGUGAGAAUAAAAAGCUGUCUCUAGAUACAGAUGCACGAUUUGGCCAUGGAUCUGACUAUCGUCAGCAGAACAGGUUCCUUGACUUCAGUCACCGAGAGCGGAGCAGGUUUCCUGAAACUGCAUCUGUGCAGUCCUCGUCCUUUGAAAGACGAGAACGGUUUGUUGGUCAAAGUGAAGGGAAAAAACCAAGACCAGCAGCCCGAAGAGAAGAGCCAAGCUUUGAAAGGUACCCCAAAAACUUUGGUGAUUCCAGAAGAAACGAGCCUCCACCACCAAGAAAUGAACUUAGAGAAGCAGACAGACGAGAGGUACGAGGGGAGAGAGACGAAAGAAGAACAGUAAUCCUUCAUGACAGAGCUGAGGUUGCUCACCCUAGACAUCCUCGAGAAGCUGGGCCCAAUCCUUCUAGACCAACCUCCUGGAAAAGCGAAGGGAGCAUGUCCACUGACAAACGGGAGUCCAGAGUCGAAAGGCCAGAGCGAUCUGGGAGAGAAGUCUCGGGACACAGUGUGAGGGGAGCACCCCCUGGGAAUCGCAGCAGUGCCUCAGGCUAUGGAAGCCGAGAGGGAGACAGAGGAGUCAUCUCUGACCGAGGAAGUGGAGCACAGCACUACCCUGAAGAACGACAUGUAGUGGAACGUCAUGGACGGGACACAAGUGGACCAAGGAAAGAAUGGCAUGGCCCACCCUCUCAGGGGCCUGGCUACCAUGACACAAGGCGAAUGGGUGAUGGCCGGUCAGGAGCAGGCAUGAUAACCCAGCAUUCAAGCACCGCAUCCCCAGUUAAUAGGAUUGUACAGAUGAGUGGCAACUCCAUGCCAAGAGGAAGCAGCUCCGGGUUUAAGCCGUUUAAGAGUGGACCUCCACGGCGGUUUUGAACACAGACUUCCUGCCGAGGCUUCCAGAUAAUUUAUUGAGAUCUCCUGUAAACUUUACUUGACUACUUACGAGGAGGACCUCUGACUGCUUGAAAGCUCUAUCUGACUGUUGUUUUUCUUUUUUUAAAAAAAAUUUAACAUGAUUGCUUUUCUCAAUUUUAGAGAAGAUGUUUAAAUAGUUCUGUUGAAACUUUUCACAGUUUUGUGUAUCAUUCAACUUUUUUCUUGCAGCACUGAGACCCAUUUUAAAGGAUUGGCACCGAGGCUGUUUUGUUUGGCUCUGUGUGAACGAGAGUGGAUUGCAGCUGAGUGGUAGUGGUUUCAUUUGCAGCAUUAGUUCUGUGGUGUCACCAGUGUUUGCUGCCUCCAUUUUGAAGGCUAUUUGAGCUUCAGACGCCUGCUGUCUAAUUUCUAGAGAAUAAGAUUGUUCCUUGCAUUUCGGAGUAUUAUGUAACCUAUUUUUGCAGAAGGUACUGUUACAUUAAGUGCAUCUGUGUAUCCUGGUUAAAAAAAUGUAAUCUUUUUUGAAAUAAACCUUCAUAUUCUGUAUAGUUGCUAAAGUGUUGAAGACCUUUUUAACUGUAAACUGAAGGUAGAUUUUAUAUAGGGAGCAGUAUACUUGUCCAAGUUUGUGUGGUAUAAGGCUCCAUAGAUGAAGGAAACUUUGUCCUUGUGCCUUGUAUCACAAGGGUUUCGUAUUGAGUUGAGCAGGUAAGCUGCACUUGUUGAGGGUCUUCACGGUUUGAUGGAUAAAUCCCAUGUCUCAGAAUUGUGUGAUAACAUUUCCGUCUCCCCAAAUAAUGCUGAGAAGUGGAAGAAUCUCAGAUUCUAGACAGGGUGACUCAGUCAGGUUUUAUAAAUGCUACUGUGCAGCAAUAAUCUCUCUGUGAGAAUAAAAGCCCACACUUAGAACUGUGUUCAUCUUUGUUCCAGCCUCAGGGUUUAGUCCUCCAGCCUUCCUGCUAGUGAGUCCCAAGCAGCAGACUUGGUAAGAACUGAAAUGUCAACAUUUGCUCUCUGUUCCUAGGACAUGCGGCAAGCCUUGUACUCUGGUCAAGAGUUGCUAG